AUGCGAACGCUUUGUGAUGCUUGUGAGAGUGCGGCGGCUAUCGUUUUCUGCGCCGCUGAUGAGGCUGCACUUUGUCGUGCCUGCGAUGAGAAGGUUCACAUGUGCAAUAAGCUAGCUAGUAGACAUGUGAGAGUUGGUCUUGCAAGUCCAAGUGAUGUGCCACGGUGUGACAUAUGUGAGAAUGCACCUGCUUUCUUCUAUUGUGAGACAGAUGGAAGUUCCCUUUGUUUGCAGUGUGAUAUGAUAGUUCAUGUUGGAGGUAAAAGAACGCAUGGAAGAUAUCUUCUGUUCAGGCAAAGAGUUGAGUUUCCAGGAGACAAAUCUAGUCAUCCUGAAAAUCCGUCUUCACAACCAUUGGAACCUGGUGAAAGUAAAAGGGGACAAAAUUCACUUUCCAAACUGAAAAUGGGAGAGAAACAAAACCAUGGAAUGCCUCUGGGUCCAACGCCAGCACCUGAUGCUGAUGGACAUACCAAGAUGGAAACCAAAAUGAUUGAUUUGAACAUGAAGCCUAGUAGGAUACAUGAACAAUCACCAAAUAAUCAGGUAUUCAAUAAAUUGUCAUAA